GCAACUAGGCCAAUGUCAGUGUCAAUUUCCCUUUUCCGGGGAAAGUGCGCAUGUCACUUGACCCAACGCGAUUUUCCACAUUUCCACAAUUAAGACGCAAAUUGCCCCCGACGUCGCAAUUUCAACACAAACGAUGCGAAACGCAUGGAUAACUCAAAUCGACACGUGAAUUAAAAAACACAACCCGGAAUUUUCCCAAACAGACCGGAGGAAAACAACCGGAGUCCAUCACAAAGCAAUGUUGGUAACUCUAUCCGGAGUCGCGAAAUUCCCCAGAUUUGAACAUGUUUUUGUUGUAACUGCCACUUUCCGAAAUUUAUUUAAAAUGAACGGUUUGAAGCGGGGGGCCCUUAUUGUGGUCGAAGGAGUGGACAGAUCGGGCAAAUCCACACAGUGUAGGAAGCUGGUGGAGUCGCUUAAAGCCCGGAAUGUGAACGCGGCGCUCGUAACCUUCCCCGACCGGACCACUAGUACCGGGGGGCUCAUUGACAAAUACUUGAAGCAGGAGACCCAUCUGUGUGACGAGGCAAUUCAUCUCAUGUUUACGGCAAAUCGGUGGGAGAAGAAAGCCGAAAUGGAGAGGCUCCUCAAACAGGGGGUGACACUGGUCGUUGACCGGUACUCCUACUCAGGGAUUGUGUACUCUUCGGUUAAGAAAAAUAUGAGCGUCAAGUGGUGUCAAGAGCCCGAAAAUGGGCUAUUAAAGCCCGAUUUGGUCCUUCUUUUAGUUCUAAGUGAGGCGGAAAUGGUCAAGCGGCCCAAUUACGGUAGUGAGAUUUAUGAAAAUCGGGAGAUGCAGGAAAAAGUGGCGCAGGCUUUUCGGGACUUGAGUGAACGGGAAAAAUGGGAGGUUGUCUCGGCUGAUGGGGGCGUAGAGGACGUGCACAAGGAGUUGCUUGAUAAGGUAAUAAAAAAGGUCAGCGAGGUCGGCACGCAACCGUUACACACGCUUAACUUUGGUUCCUAAUUAAUUUUAUUUUUAUAAUUAAGUAAACAAACAACUUUAUAGAUAUAAGGCGGCUAUGAUUCUUUGACUGUCAAACGGUCAAUUACUCCACUGUCAUAAAAAGUAUUAAAUAAGCGAUUAGUAAUAAUUA